ACAGAAAGUGUAUUGGUAUGAAUAACAGUGAAAUAACUGAUAAUGUUGUUACUGAUUCGAAUAAUACUUCUUCUAUUAUGCCUAAUAAAUUUAAAUCUGCUGAUGAACAAUGUAAAGAAGCUGGAACGAUAGGAUUUUCAAAUAAAACUAUUAAGGAAUGUGUCUUAAGUUGCAAAACUAAAAUGGACAUCAAAAUUGAUAUCAACCCAUAUGAUUCUUCAUCUAUGAAGGAAAAUAUUAAUGAUACAAGUGACAUUUACAGAAAUGUAACAGCACAAGAUGGAUUUCCAUGCCAGGAGAAUGGGUACUGUCAAGAUGGAAAAUGUGUGAAUAUGACAAUUACUGAUACCAAACCAAGCUCUACUGAUUUUCCUUUACCCGAGGAAAAUUCUGUUGGUCUUCCAAAUGAUACAACAACUCCUCACAGUUUAACAAAUUUUACUGAUGUUAAAUCUUUAAAUGAUAAGAUAACUACUCCUGAGGUGGAUGUAACAACUCCAAAGUCAAUUGCUAACGAUGAUAGUCAGAUUGAUGAUGACAAUAAUAAUAAUGACAGUCCAAUUUUUGAUGCUAGUGGUUUAAUUAAGCAAAUUAAAGCGUAAUUUCUCAUUGUAAUAUUAUUAUACUUAUAUGCGAAUAUGUACUAUUUUAUUUAUUAAAAAAAAAGUUUGUAAAAUUAAA